AUCGGUUAGUAAAAAUGUUUAUAGGGCAGUAGUGUGUUACGGGUGUACAUUCUGUACGAUAUUCAUACAACGUAUUGCAUCCACGUUUGAUAGAGCCGCGAACACGUCAAACAAAAAGCAAGGGAUCAUUAUUUUACAAAGAGUACUUGAAGGCAUCUCAAGGGGCGGGAACUCCUCGGCGAGGGUCUACUAUUGCUUCCACUCCAACGCGGCCUGAGGAGCAGAGGUUUACCGGUGUCUCUUUAGAAAAACAAACAAGCAAGGUGAACGAACCAAUUGUUCACCGCGGUUCCUUCUCCGUUCUUUGGGCCGAAGUUGUCGGCGUCAUGUCGCCCGGCUGGUGGAGGAGCAAUGCGGUGACCCACGGCCUCAUGGCACUGUUCGCUAUGGGGUCGUGGAUUUCAGUCAAUAGUUUGUGGGUCGAGCUCCCAAUCAUCGUCGGCGUGCUGCCCGAAGGUUGGAAUUUGCCGGCAUACCUCUCAGUCCUGAUCGCGUUCGGCAACAUUGGUCCGGUGGCGGUGACCGUCACGCAUCACUGCGCGCCAGGCCGCCUCAACGAGCGCCUGCUCAUCCACGGCAUCCAGGCGUUGGCGGUGGUGGCGUCGGCACUGCUGGCCAUCUUCUGGGCGCACACAGCGAUUGUGGCGGGGCAGCUGCACUCGCUGUCCUUCCUGCUCCUCACUUUCGUGCUGUCGCUUGUGUGCUGCACAUCCAACGUCACCUUCCUGCCCUUCAUGUUCCGCUACCCGCCGGAGUACAUCCGCACUUUUUUCAUCGGACAGGGUCUGAGCGCGUUGUUCCCGUGCGUGGUGGCGCUGGGGCAGGGCGUGGGCCAACUGGAGUGCCCCGUCGUCAAUGGCACCGUUCAGCCGCACUACCUCAAGGAGAAUUUCCCGGCGCAGAACUUCUUCUGGUUCUUGUUUGUCAUGCUGUCGGUUUCCGCGGUGAGCUUCCUGGCUUUGACGCGCCGACUGACACCGUCGAAAGAAGCCGGACCGCCCCCCUCUGACAAUGCGCAGGGGUCAUACACAAAUAUUGAAAGUUUAGGCACCCUGGACGCGGCCGUGAAAAGUGAUGACGAGAUACGCCCGCUCAACAACGGCAGCUCGGCGGUGUCUCAGGAGGAGGUGCGUCCAGAGGGGGCGCAGUCGCCGCCCGCGUCAUCGUUUUGGACGCUGCACAACAUCUACCUUCUCUCGCUCCUCGCGGUCUCCAACGCGCUCACCAACGGCGUCCUACCGUCCGUCCAGAGCUUCACCUGUUUGCCUUACGGCACCAUGACCUUCCACCUCUCGGUGGUCCUCGGCAACAUCGCCAACCCGCUGGCCUGCUUCCUCGCCAUGUUUGUGAUCCUGAGGUCCUCUCCGCGUCUGGGUGUCUUGUCCUUGGCAGGAGGGGCCUUUGCGGCAUACCUGAUGGUUCUGGCUUCCCGCAGUCCGUGUCCUCCUCUGCAGGGGACCACCACUGGUGUAGUUUUAGUGGUGGCUUCCUGGAUCAUGUUCACGGGGCUCUUCUCCUACCUGAAGGUGGUGAUUGGCACGCUCCUGCACGAGGCGGGCCACGCCGGCCUGCUCUGGUGCGGCAUCUCCAUUCAAGCCGGCUCACUGCUGGGCGCGCUCGCCAUGUUCCCGCUGGUCAACGUCUACAACGUCUUCAAGCGGGGGCAGGACUGCAUCGACGGGUGCAGUUAAAGCCAGAUUUGAACACACAGCUCCCAUAGAAGCAUCACUUGCUUCUCAAGCACGACGCCGUCCAAACUGGUGGAUGACAGUGGGAGUGUUGUUUUGCCGCACGUUGGCCGAGGGGCUCAUGUGCGCUGAGAAUUGAACCCGUUUUUUUUUUUUUUUAAACAUUUGGACCAUGUGACACUAUUUCCUCGAGGACAGAACGGCACAAACUUCUCCUCAGUGAGUCGCCCUUUCAGUCUGCACUAAUCGCUUCAAUAUUUCACCCUCCUUCCUAAUGACUUCCUGCCAUCUUGUUGUGCUGCUUUAACGUCAAAGUAGGAAUUGUGGCUUUUUGUUUUUAAAUCACCGUUGAUUGGAAUGAGUUCGGAUGUUCGGGCUUUUUAGCCGGCGUGGAAAAGCGAAUGCGGAUUUAUUCUGGACCGCACCAAGAGAGCCAUUACAAACCGGACGCCAAAAAAAAAAAAAAAAGCUUGAGGAAUUAAAACCCGCUGCCGCCAGUGUUGAGUGCACGCUUCAAUUACAAGUUUUCAAAGAAGUGACUGUGAGGCUUUUGUCAUUUUCAGUGUGGAUUUUGAUUCCCGAAAAAGUGCAAAAGACGCGAAACCAGUUCGGAACUUGCUCGCCGAAGCCAACAUUGAGAGCGGGUCAGAUCUCGGGUGCGAGUAGGACCUCUUGCAAAGUAUGGUUGCGUUGUCGCCGUUUUCAUCAAUUGAACUCUUGUUUGCUUUCGUAUGCGCCUGUCAUGUGGGGCAUCACAUGGCUGCUAUGUGUUUGUGUGUGUGUGUGUUUUACUCUUGUUGUCGCACACUAAGUCAGGGGAACAUACCAAAAGUCUACACACCUUUGUUGAAAUGGCAGGAUUCUGUGACAUAUUUAAAAAAACAUUUAUUUAUUUUUUUAGCAUUCAUGCGCCUGACACGUACAAGUUCCAACUCAAGAAAAAACAAAAGUGAUAUAUCUAUUCACGACAUUGCCAACAUUGUCCGUAAUGUGCCUCUAACUCACCUCAAAUAACGUUGAGUAGUUUUAGUGGGCUUUUCCUGUCCUUUUGUUUUGCGUUCUCGCAAAAACUGGACUGUUUUCAUAGUAACGCUGAUUGCUUUACGGUCGGAAGAAAACGAGGUUCAAGUUUAUGGCCGUACUUUUCAAAAAAGAAUGUUUGGUGCAGAAGCAACACUGCUCACGCGUUUUAUUUUUAGCGGUCACAGAAAACCUGGCGCUAAAACACGAGUGUGUGGACUUUUUAUAAGCACUGGAAGUGGAGCCCUCUUAAACUGCAUUUUGAAUGAAGUAUUUUCUGCAUUUACUAAACCUCAGAGACCAGGAGUUUAAUAGUGGUGAGAAGCUUUUGUUUUGUUUUGUAAUUUUACUUACUUAAUCAUACGCGGUAAUACUUUUCAUUCAGGAAAACAAUGUUGAUUAAUAAAAUGGCUGACUAUUUAGUAUGAAUGACAACUCAUGUAAUAAAACAUGUUUUAUUUAA